AUGGAUCUUGCAGACAAGGUCAAGGGUCUCCAAGACAAGGAUGCCGCUCAGGACGAGAAGGACAAGAACCUUGAAGGCGCCAUCCAAGAACUCAAGGACAAGGAUGCCGCUCAGGACGAGAAGGACAAGAACCUUGAAGGCGCCAUCCAAGAACUCAAGGACAAGGAUGCCGCUCAGGACGAGAAGGACAAGAACCUUGAAGGCGCCAUCCAAGAACUCAAGGACAAGGAUGCCGCUCAGGACGAGAAGGACAAGAACCUUGAAGGCGCCAUCCAAGAACUCAAGGACAAGGAUGCCGCUCAGGACGAGAAGGACAAGGCCAACGAAGAAGCAAUCAAGUCCCUCGCCGACAGACUCCAGGAUCUCAAGGACACGAUCAGAGACGCCGAGGAAGCCAAGGCUACCCAAGGUGCCGAAGAUCUCCAGGGUGUCAACGACGCUCUCAAUGCUCUCAACAACCUCAUCAAGGAGAAGGCCGACGACGAUGCUCUCAAGGCCCUCGAAGACAGGUUGAACAACAACGACAACAAGGACAACAAGCAAGAUGAGGAUCUCAACGAGCUCAAGGACAAGUUGAACUCUCUUGAUGACAAGAUCAAGGCUGUCGAUGAGGCUAAUGCAGCCCAAGGCGCCGAAGACCUCAAGAACGUCAACGAUGCUCUUAAGGCUCUCGAAGACAAGGUCAAGGAGCUUAACGACAAGGCCGACAACACAGACAACCGCGACAACAAGCAAGACGAGUACAUCAUGGAUCUUGCAGACAAGGUCAAGGGUCUCCAAGACAAGGAUGCCGCUCAGGACGAGAAGGACAAGAACCUUGAAGGCGCCAUCCAAGAACUCAAGGACAAGGAUGCCGCUCAGGACGAGAAGGACAAGGCCAACGAAGAAGCAAUCAAGUCCCUCGCCGACAGACUCCAGGAUCUCAAGGACACGAUCAGAGACGCCGAGGAAGCCAAGGCUACCCAAGGUGCCGAAGAUCUCCAGGGUGUCAACGACGCUCUCAAUGCUCUCAAC